AUGGGUCGCUUCACGACGUGGUUGCAUCUCGAGUCGGCCGUGGGCCUCCUCUAUGUACUGCUCUCGCUGGCUUGCUGCGUCUACUACACGCGUUUACUCAAGCCCACCUUUGCCAACGACCUUUGGUGGGCCGGCUACAACGUGUCGGGCUACCAAGCUUUUCUCAUCGAUCUCGUCAACCAGUUUCUCAUGACACAAGCCAACGGUACACUGGACGUACUCUUUGCGUCGGCCAUGGUGCCCAAGACGUACGCGACCAUCGAUGCGUUCACGAGCAUCUACACGCCCUACAUGCACGGCGUUUGCUCCUCGGCGAGCUCACGUCCAUCGAGUACGCCGUGCCAAAGCUUCCACUGCUGGGUCGACUUUAACAAAACGUUCGAGAUGGCCCACACGGAGCGUCGGCAAGAGCGCUGUGAGCGCAACUAUAGAACCAACGCGGCCGUGUACCUCGAAGCCAUUCUGCGCAACCAAAACUGGGACGCGUACUUGGCGCUCUGGGCUGGGAAUGGUCUUCGCUUCAACGUGGCGAUCCAGCGCGGCCUUCAAGAAACCAUCGCAGGUCGCUCGUUUCUAUCGCAAAUGGCAACGGCGGCCAACACAACGUCGGUGGCCGACGAACUAACCUACUGGCGGUCGUACAACUUGUCGAUCUUUGAGCUGCAGUGGCAGAGUCGGUGGCAACCCGGCGUCUCUGAGACAAUCAUCGUCUCGAACGCCCUCGGAAUGCAAGAAAAUUUUACGCUGAAAGCGCUCGACCAAGUCACAGGUCCAUGGUCGUCCCAGAGCCUCUUCUGGAUGCCACUCAACGACUUGUACAACGGCAUGACGCUGAACCGGAGCUUGAUCCGGGGUUCAAGUCGCCACUUCGCCACCAACAUCAGCGCAGCCUUGCCCGCCAUCAACUUGGAGACGUAUCGGGGCAUGGCCGACAGCCGUGGCAACCUCGUCGGGAAAGCAUGGGUUUUUCAUACCUUUAUCGGUCCUUACCUCAGCAUUGACAUUCGCUACAAGCUGCGGCCAUCGCCACUUGUUGCUGCGUACAACCGGUUCCAAGACGUUGUCUUAGAGCAUCUCGCAACGUCGGCAGCAAGGUUUGAAUCGUUUGCCAGUCUUCCGUCUGUGGUUUUGACGCCGACGCCGUCGCGCUGGAAGAGCAACUAUACGUUUUACGGAGGUGACCCGAUGUGCGUCCUUGGUUCUGGUACAUCGUACGUGCAGCAGUCGUUUGAUUUUUACGACGACUGCUCGCAAAAGACACCGCUCAGUGUCCAGCCACCGCCCAUGUCUCUGCUCUUUGCUCUGCCGGCAACUUCUACAACCUCAAGUGCUGCGUUCUCCAUGGAUGUCAUCUGCACACUGUCCAUAGCCCCUAACCCUUGCACAGCAGCACUCUCUGCAGCUUCCAACUGGCUGAAAGAGCUACCUAUUCCACUUGACGUCUCGUCGACGCUCGAGUCACUGCCACCGAUGCUGCAGGCCACCGACACCAGUUUUAUGCAAUUUGACAAAGCUUCCAAUGGCUCGUGGCUGCUCUUGCAACAGCCGCUGCUCGGCUCACUGGACGACCCUUGGACGUUCUAUGGCUGGUGCUUCGCAGCCGACUGGGCCACCGGACUCCGACAAGCCGCUUCGUUUGAAGGCGACGUCUCCUCGAUCGUCCUUCUCUCCAACGCGUACACAAGUCAGCACUAUAUCACGAGCGGUCAGCCGCUUGAGACGGCCACCAAAAUGAUCUACUACCUCGUACUCGCGAGCACCAUUUGUCUCGUCGGUGUCGGCGGCCUCGCCUUGCUCUACACCUUCUACAGUCACUUUGACAUCACGGGCCGCAAUCUGCUGUGCUUCAACCGGCUCGUGGGCUCAGUCUGGGCCGGCCGCCAGCUCAUGUUGAUGCGCGGGAUCAGCGCCAUCUUGAUCUUAAGCACGGCGCAGCCAAAGCUGGUGACCCAAUUCGGCUACAGCCGUCUAGUCGACGAAGCGCGCUCCUUCUGGGCGACGGGAUUGCUGGCGGGCGAGGCCACAUGGCUUUCGUACAGUCUGCACGAGUAUCUCGUGAUUGCGCUGCCAAAACCGUUUACGCGGCUGUACGGUCCGUGGACAAAUGCGCUGGCGUGGCUCACGAUUCUUGUUUUGAGCUUGGUGUCGCCCGUCGGCAUUGCCAUGAACCUGAGUCGAACGUGCGUCGGUAACGAUAUGGACUAUGGCCUUCUUUGCACCGCCGGCGCCAUCUCGAUUGGCAGUCUCAACCGCCUCGUGCUUCUUUGCAGUCUCCAAGUCGGUAUCGUUGUCGCUUCCAUUGGGCUUGGCUGCGGCGUCCGCCGCCUGUGCGGCGCUGAGAAAGACGACGAUGACGAAGAGGAGGAAGAACAAGAGAGCUUGCUCGUGUCGGGGCUGGCCGAGGCCUUUAUCACCGCCGACCCGCGCUGCGACGCCGGUCGUGUCUAUGACCCUGUGACGUGCGUUCUCUGCGGGCUCCUCCCUCUCUCGUACAAUGGCCAUCGGUAUAUCUUUGACCUCAAGCUGUGGAGCUUGCUUCCGGAUACGAUCUCAACCCACGUGGCGCGGGCCGCCCCUGAGGCGUCCCUCGUCGCGACGCAGUCGCACAUCACGAGCACCGCUUUCUCCGUGCCGUCGAUGGACCUUAUUCGCGUGGCCUCGGGCCGCCGCCGGCUUCGGACGCUAUUGGCCGCGUUUGGCUUGCUCUACAUGAGCGCUUCGAUCACCGGCUCGGUCUUGUACUUCGAAGUGUGCAAAGUCAACUUGGACAACGACUUGUACUGGGCAACGUUCAACGUCACGGGCGCCCACACGUUUUUUGCGAAUUGGCUCAACGAGCAGCUCAUUUUGCGCGCCACAGCGCAGAACAUUGUCCUCAACGAUCCGAGCAUCAACCUCCUCGGCUCCUAUGCAACACCGACAGCGUUCGUCUCGACCGUCAACAACUAUGGUGCCUGGCUUCAGCACAACGAACUCAGUGCGAUCGAAGCCUCGAUUGCGGGUCUUCGCGUCUCGGAUGCGUGCAACGCGCCCUGGAUCUUUACGCCGUACUGCUACCUCGACUGGAAGAAGCGAUGGUCAAUGGCCUACUCCAACCAGCGCCAACUGCGGUGUCAGAAGAUGGAGGAAAAUGCUGCCGUGUACCUCGAGUCGGUGCUGCGCAACAUUGACUAUGCAACCUUUGCGUAUUUCGUCCGACGGUCAAGCCUGGCUGCAUUCAAUGGCUACGGAGCGACUGCCGCUGCAAGAUGA